AUGGAAGCAUCAGGAAUAAUAUCAGUGGUGGUUGCAGUUGCAGUAAUAGUAGUGAUAGGAGGAGGAUGGGUUUGGAAGAUGGCGAAGUGGGUAUGGUUCACUCCAAGGAAGCUGGAAAGGCGUCUGAGAGAGCAAGGUCUUAAGGCCGAUCCUUAUCGGUUCUGGGUCGGUGACUUAACCAGAAUGACCAAGAUGCAGAAAGAAGCCAUAUCCUCUCCUUUGCCUCCUUAUUCCCAUGACCUGGUCCCUUCUGUCUUCUCCUACGUUCACCACGUUGUCAAUAAGCACGGUAAGAAUUCAUUCAUGUGGUACGGACCAAAACCGAGGUUGAUCCUUACAGAUCCUGAGCUGAUAAAAGAUGUGUUCCACAGAUUCUACGACUUUAGAAAACUACAACACCUAGUUCCUAUUCUCGAUUAUAUAGCCACUGGUGUUGGAAACUAUAAUGGCGACAAAUGGGUUAAACACAGUAAAAUUGUCCAUCCAGCAUUCAAUUUGGAACACCUGAAGAUUUUGAUUCCAAUCGUCUACCAAAGUUGCAAUGAUAUGAUGAACAAAUGGGAGACCAUGUUGUCCUCAGCAGAUAGAACUUGUGAAGUGGAUGUAUGGCCCUGCCUUAAGAGUUUGACAAAGGAAGUGAUUUCUCGAGCAGCUUUUGGAAGUAGCUACGAAGAAGGCGGACAAAUAUUUGACAUCAUCGUAGAACAAGCUCAACUUGUGAUGAGUAAUAUACAGAAACAUCGUAUUCCAUUCUGGAGGUUUGUUCCGACUAAGGAGAACAAGAGGUUGAAGGAAAAUAAUAGAAACUUUGAAGCUAUCGUAGAGGGUAUUAUCAGAAGAAAGAGGGAAGCCAUGAAGGCAGGUGAAGGCACAGAGGAUAACAUACUAGGCAUACUUUUAGAAUCCAAUCAAAAGGAGAUUGAGGAACAGGGAAACGACAAGAACGUUGGAUUGAGUAUGAAAGAUGUGAUUGAGGAAUGCAAGUUCUUCGCCCUGGCUGGCCAUGAAACCACUGCUGUUCUUCUGGUCUGGACUAUGAUGUUAUUGAGUAUGUAUCCUCAUUGGCAAGCACGUGCAAGGGAAGAAGUCCUACAAGUCUUUGGCAACCAAAAACCAGACUUUGAAUCAUUAAAUCACCUUAAGAUUGUUACAAUGAUCUUGUAUGAGGUUUUGAGGUUAUAUGCACCGGUAAUAUGGGUAGAGAGAAAUGUAGAAAAAGACAUGAAACUUGGGAAAUUGUUAGUUCCUGGAGGAGUACAGAUUUGCAUACCAAUACUCAUGUUGCACCAUGAUCAAGAGCUGUGGGGAGAUGAUGCCAAAGAGUUCAACCCAGAAAGAUUUUCAGAAGGAUUAUUAAAGGCAGCAAAAGUUCCUUAUGUUCCAUUCUACCCAUUCGGAGGUGGUCCUCGAAUCUGCACUGGACAGAACUUUGCCUUGGUGGAGGCUAAAAUUGCUUUGUCUUUGAUUCUACAACGUUUCUCCUUCGAGCUUUCCCCAACAUAUUCUCAUGCUCUCACCACCUUCAUCACUCUUCAGCCUCGCCAUGGAGUUCAACUCAUUCUGCGUAAAUUGCAAUAA